AUAAAGCCCUCACUCUAACCUCUCACCGAGGUGCUGUCAGUUCUGUCUGGUUUGUUCACUAUUGUAUAUCUAUUGUAUAUCUAGUCUGCUUUAUUUACGGACCGAACGAUUCUGGACGGCGGAUCACUGACCAAACCACUUAGUCCGGAAUGUCCCCCGCGGCUAGACUCAGAAAUGGUUUCGAUGUGGAGGAGGAAGCAUUUUAUGCCGCUAAAGUAGACAGAAAGACUCGAAAACCAAUAGUGGAGAAAAAGAGGCGAGCGCGAAUUAAUGAAAGCCUGCAGGAUCUCAGGACACUACUUACAGAUAUCGAUCUGCAGACAAAAAUGGAGAAUGCAGAGGUACUUGAACUAACAGUAAAACGAGUUGAGAACAUCCUACAGAACCGUUCUAAGGAACCUGAUGCUGUGAAUCAAGAGACCAGUGAGAGAUUCGCAGCAGGUUAUAUCCAGUGCAUGCAUGAGGUGCACACCUUUCUGUCCACAUGCCCAGGCAUCGACGCCACAGUUGCUGCAGAACUGCUCAACCACCUGCUAGAGUGCAUGCCAUUAAAUGAGGAUCACCUUCAGGAGAUGAUUAAAGAGCUCAUAUCAGAGCCGUCCUCCUCCAGUCGAUCAUGGCCAGCUGGAGAGGUGCUAAGCCAAGGAGGCCACAGUGUGUCCGACCUAUUCUUAGCACUGUCCCCAUCCCCAUCCAAUCGUUCUAGUGAGGACCUCUGCUCUGACCAAGAGGAGACAGAGACUGAAGAAAGUCCUGCAUCAGCUGAGGACAGCCUGAACUCCUCCAUCAUCACACAUUCUAAGUUUAUGUGGAGGCCAUGGUAGAAUUGUUUUUAAAGACCAUGCAUCUUUAUUUAUAAUUCACUUAAUCCUGUAUUGGAGCAUGAUGGAAUUCUUUUCAUAUAUGAUUUUCUUGAGAAAAUGGCUGAAGCUUUAGGAUUUUACAAGCAAAGGCUGAUAUAUUGGGAUAAGACAUCAUCUUACAGAAAAGUAAGGAUUUCAUAGUAACUUUAACAUACCCCUGGAUAUUUUUUGUCUUCUGAAACAUGAUGCCUCGAAGCAAUUAAAGCUUAAUUUAGAAAUGAAUUUUAAAUUGAACUAGCUUAAAAAGUGAACUGAUGUAUUCUAGAGAUUGAGAAAUUGUUUUGAUUUAGUGGGCCGAAAUAUUUUUCUGUCUUUUGUAGUGAAAAAUAUAGAAAGUCUCACUGAUAGACUGGCACAUGGAUAAAGUCAAUGGCCCUGUGUAGGAUAGCAAUUAAAAAGUAUGUUUUUAU